AUUUGGUAAUGGUAGGAGGAGGACAAAUAUGCAAAACUGGUGAAGUGAUUGAUUGAGGGGAAAACGAGGCGAUGGGCGCUAACCUGAUGACGAUGAGAGGCUCUCACGGGAACACUCUGUUCAGAGCUCUCAAACCCAAACCCAAACCCCUCAAUUCCAAGCUUCGCACUUCACUUCGAUUCUCUUCAACGACGAUUGACAAAGGUGGAUCUAGUUAUUGUGGGAAGGCAUAUGAUGCAUUGUUGUUGGAUGCUGGAGGCACCCUUUUGCAAUUGGCAAAGCCAGUUGAGGAGACUUAUGCCGCUAUUGGAGCCAAAUAUGGUUUGACUGUCAAUCCUGCUGAGAUAAAGCAAGGAUUUAAGAGAGCAUUCGCUGCUCAAUGGCCUGAAAAGCUACGUUACCAGGGAGAUGGGAGGCCAUUUUGGAAACUUGUAGUUUCUGAAGCCACUGGUUGUAGAGAUGAAGAUUAUUUUGAGGAAGUUUAUGAGUACUAUGCAAAAGGUGAUGCGUGGUUUCUUCCAGAUGGAGCUUAUGAAACAAUUACUCUUCUCAAGGAUGCCGGAGUUAAGAUGGCUGUUGUAUCAAAUUUCGACUGCCGCUUAAGGAAGCUAUUGAAGGACCUUAAUGUUUUAAAUCUGUUUGAUGCUGUCAUUAUAUCAUCAGAGGUUGGAUACGAAAAACCAGACCCAAGAAUAUUUCAAGCUGCACUAGAUCAAGUAAAUGUAGAGGCUAGCAAAGCCUUACACAUUGGAGAUGAUCAAAAGGCGGAUAAAUUGGGGGCCAAUGCUAUUGGGAUAGAUUGCUGAAUGAUCUGUCAAAGCAGGUUAUGGGGUAGUGAUGUGAAGACAUUCUCCGAGAUACAAAUCCGCAUCCUCAAUUCAGAGGCAUAAAUCUACUUAUGAGCGUGGGUCCAUAGGCAAUCCCUAAAGUUCUUUUAUUCGUUUGCAUCAUUUUUGUGGUUGCUCUAAAUUUGAUUUGUAGCUCUGAUAUGUCAUACUAAUAUCUAGCACUUAACUGGGUGGAUGAGUAAUAUUAUCAUCUCGAAUUUUUUAUGCAUGUUGCACAAACAUUGAUGUGAUGAACUUGGUUUCUGCUUGAGUUUUGGGAAGUAAUAUGUUGUAACCAAAAUGAUGAUGUCCGUAACAAAGGGCAACCAAUUUCUGCUUCCCAAAUAUAUUUUUCUAUUUCCAUUCUAGAAAGAGUAGGGGACAAGUUCAUUACCAAUCACCACUCCAUUAAAUCUCGACAAUGAAGGUGGGAGGAGGACAAUUUUU